AUGACCGAGGCGGCGCUGGUGGAGGGCCAGGUCAAGCUGCGGGACGGCAAGAAGUGGAAGACUAGGUGGCUGGUGCUGCGCAAGCCGUCGCCGGUGGCAGACUGCCUGCUGAUGCUGGCCUACAAAGACAAGUCAGAGCGCGCCAAGGGGCUUCGGGAGCGUAGCAGCCUGACGCUGGAGGACAUCUGCGGGCUGGAGCCCGGCCUGCCCUACGAGGGCCUGGCCCACACGCUGGCCAUCGUCUGCCUGUCGCAGGCCGUCAUGCUGGGCUUCGACAGCCGUGAGGCUAUGUGCGCCUGGGACGCCCGGAUCCGCUAUGCGCUGGGUGAGGUGCACAGGUUCCCCGUGAUCGUGGCUCCGGGCACCAAGCUGGAGAGCGGCCCCGCCACCCUGCACCUCUGCAACGACAUCCUCGUGGUGGCCAGGGACGUCCCCCCGGCCGUGGCGGGGCAGUGGAAGCUGUCGGACCUCCGGCGCUACGGGGCCGUGCCCAACGGGUUCAUCUUUGAAGGCGGGACCAGGUGUGGAUUCUGGGCCGGGGUGUUCUUCCUGUCCUCCGCCGAGGGAGACCAGAUCAGCUUUCUGUUCGACUGCAUUGUCCGAGGCAUCUCGCCCACCAAGGGCCCCUUUGGGCUGCGGCCUGUUCUUCCAGACCCGAGCCCUGGGGGCCCUGCCCUGGAGGAAAGGGUGGCGCAGGAGGCCCUGGAAGCCCUGCAGCUGGAGAAGCGGCUCAGCCUCCUCUCUCACUCCGGCCGGCCGGGCAGCGGAGGGGACGACCGCAGCGUGUCCAGCUCGUCGUCAGAGGCCAGCCACUCGGACGUCAGCGCCAGCAGCCGGCUCACGCCGUGGCCGGAGCCGUCCUCGUCCUCGGCCAGCACGUCGCAGGAGGGCCCCGGGCUGGCGGCCGCCCAGGCCCCUGGGGACGCCGCGUCUGGCGCUGCCAGGGCCGCCCCAAAGCCACUGCGGCCGCGGCAGCUGCAGGAGGUCGGCCGCCAGAGCUCCUCGGACAGCGGCAUCGCCACUGGCAGCCACUCCUCCUACUCCGGCAGCUUCUCGUCGUGCGCGGGCAGCAGCCUGGACGUGUGGCGGGCCGGCGACGAGCUCGGCUCCCUGCUCAGCCUGCCGGCGGCGGGGGCCCCAGAGCCCGGCCUGUGCGCCUGCCCACCCGGGGCAGCCGAGUACCAGGUGCCGGCCGCCCCGCGGCCGCACUACGACACGCCCCGCAGCCUGCGCCAGGCGCCCCGGGACCAGCCCCCCGCCGCGCCGGGCAGCCCCGACGGGGGCGCCGCCCGGGACUCAGGGUGUCCCCCUGGCUGGCCUGGCGAGAGACGGCGGGGACCGGCGCCAGAGGCGGCAUCGGCGGGGGCCGGCGAGCCCUGGGAAGCGGGCGUCCCCCACGCCGGGCCCCCUCCCGCGCUCUUUUCCGCGUGUCCCGUCUGCGGAGGACUGAAGGUAAAGCCCCCUCCCUGA